AUGCCGCUGGAGCUGGCGGCGUGGGACGGGCCUCUGAGCCUGGGCGAGGCGGACGAGAGGCCGGCGCAGCCCCUGCGAGUGCGCUACGGGGCCCUGGAGCUCGAGGAGCUGGGCCAGGCGCUCACCCCCACCCAGGUCCAGAAUUGCCCAACAUCCAUCGCGUGGAAUGGCUGCGACCCACAUAAACUCUACACCGUGAUCCUCACGGACCUGGACGUUCCAAGCAGGGCGAACCCAAAGAUGAGAGAAUGGCACCAUUUCCUGGUGACCAACAUGAAAGGCAAUGACAUCAGCAGUGGAUGCAUCCUGUCUGACUAUGUGGGAUCAGCACCUGCCAAAGGCACAGGACUCCACCGUUACGUAUGGCUAGUCUACGAGCAGCCCCAGCGACUGACCUGUGACGAACCUGUCUUGAAUAACAUCUCAGCUGCCAAGCGGGAGAAUUUCCGAGCCGCGUCUUUCCGCAAGAAGUACAAGCUGGGGCCCCCUGUGGCAGGCGUGUGUUACCAGGCUGAAUGGGAUAGCUUCGUACCAAAGAUCUAUGAGCAGCUGAACGUAAAAUAGAUGACAGCCUAGAAUUUGGCUCCCACCUGGCUGCAAUUGAUCCACUUGCAGCUCUUUCUUUCUU